CGGCCGUGAAGUGAAGAGCCCCGCCAAAGCGCAGCCGGUGCGCGCGGAGAAACCCACCUGAAAGCGCGGGCCAGCAGGCAUGCGGCCCGGGCUGGCCGCUGCCAUCCGCGGCCGCCGGCUUUCGACCGCGGCCGCCGCCACGCCUCUCUCCAGCCUCACCGACGCGCUCCUCGCCACCCGCCUUGCGACCCACCUCCUUGCCACGCCGCACCUGCCGGCCGCGCUGCUGCCCGCGGCGCCGCUGCCGCUUCCCGUCCACCUCCACAUCCUCCGCCACCCGGCGCUCCCGCCGGCCUCCAAGCUCUCCUUCUUCCUCGCCGCCACGCCGCCGGCCUCCCCGCUCCUCGCCUCCACCUUCCCCGCCCUCCUCCGCGCGCUCGCCGCGGGCUCCCCGACGCUCCUCGACGAGCUCCUCCCGUUCGCGCUCUCCUGCCCGUCCCCGGCCGCCCUGCUCCCCGCCCUCCUCGCGUCGCUCCUCUCCGCGUCGCGCCUCGACGCCGCGCUCGCCCUCUUGGACGCCGCGCCGCCCGACCUCCUCCCACGCCUCGCUGCCGCCGCUCUCCCUUCCCUCAUAGCCUCACCGGACAUCAUCGCGGCCGUCCCCGCCAUCCGCAGGCUACUGCUCAUCGCCUCCCACCCACCGCCCGUCCGGGCCACGAACCGCCUCCUUCUCGCCUUGUCGAAGGAGAACCUCUGCGAUGACUUCCGCCAUGUGUUUGACGAAAUGUCGAGGAGGGGCCUCCCGUCAAAUGUAAAGUUCUACAACAUUUGUAUCCACGCGUUUGGCAAGUGGAGGCAGCUGGAUAUGUCGCUGAGGCUUUUCGCGGCAAUGAAGGCUGCCACUCCUCCUGUUGUACCGGACAUAUGCACAUAUAAUUCGGUCAUCCGGGCGCUUGUGGUUGGUGGGCGGGUUACUGAUGCUUUGGUGACCUUUGAUGAAAUGAAGUCUUCUGGAAUUGAGCCUGGUGUGUUCACUUAUCGAGCAGUCAUGAAUGGGUGCUGCAAGAGUUUUCGGAUGGAUGAUGCAUUGCGUGUGUUUCAGGAGAUGCGGGGUAGCAGUGGGGUGAGUGAUGUUGUUGUGUACAAUUCGCUUCUUGAUGGGCUGUUUAAAGCGAAGAAGCUUGAUGAGGCAUGUGGAUUUUUCGAGACAAUGGUGGCGGAUGGAAUCCAAUGCUCAGCGAGCACACACAACACUGUGAUCGAUGGGCUGUUCAAGAAUGGGAGGGCAGAAGCAGCAUGCCGGCUGUUUUAUGAGCUAAGAAGGAAAGGGCAACUGCUGGAUGGAAUUGCUUAUAGUAUCAUGGUGCGGGAGUUCUGCAAGGAGGGGGUGGGGGACCAAGUUGCAGAGGCCCUAGAGUUGGUGAAGGAGAUGGAGCAGCGGGGCUUCGUUGUUGAUUUGGUUACCAUAACAUCGUUGCUCAUAGGUUUUAACAAGAGUAAACGUUGGGACCUGGAAGAACAAAUAGUAAAGUUUAUAAGGGAUGGCUCUGUAUUGCCGGAUGCCAUCCGGUGGAAAUCAAACAUGAUGGUUGCCUUGAGAGGCCCUCAGGACAGGGCAAAAGAUGGGAUGCCGAUGUUUUCCUUUGAUGGUAAUAUGGAUGACGUGAUGGGUUUGGUUAAUCCUGUAGGACGUACUGAUAUUGAUGAAGGACCCCCAAAUAAUGAUCCCAAGGAUGAUUGGUCAUUGUCACCACACUUGGAUCAUCUUGCUAAACGUGCUGACAGUUUGGAUAGCUCUGUUAUAUUUACAAUGCACAGAGGGCAGCGGGUGCAAGGUAUGGGGGCCAAAACUUUUGACGCUGACAUGAUCAAUACAUACUUGUCAAUUUUUUUAGCCAAAGGGAAGCUAAGUGUAGCUUGCAAGUUAUUUGAGAUCUUUACAAAUCUAGGAAACAAAGGGACAAGCUAUACAUACAAUUCACUGAUGACCUCAUUUGUCAAAAAGGGAUAUUUGAAACAGGUGUGGGCAAUUCUUCAUGAGAGGGGCGGACAGCUCUGCCCUAAUGAUGUAGCAACAUAUAAUCUAAUCAUUCAGGGUCUCGGCCAGAUGGGAAAAGCAGAGGUUGCUAGCACAAUUAUUGACCGGUUGUCAAAGAAAGGUGUUUACAUGGACAUUGUCAUGUAUAAUACACUGAUCAAUCAGUUUGGGAAGGUUGGGAAGGUUGAAGAAGCAAGCUGUUUGUUUGAGCAGAUAAUCAGAAGUGGCAUGAAACCAGAUGUUGUCACUUUUAAUACUUUGAUUAAUAUUAAUGCAAAAGCUGGUAGAUUAAAGGAAGCUGACAAGUAUUUGAGGAGGAUGAUUACAGAAGGCAUUGCGCCAAACCAUGCCACAGAAACAAUAUUGGUUUACCUUCAUAAGGAGAUUGAAAAGAAAAGGCAGCAGGACGAAUGAACUAUAGCAAUAAAAUAUGAACAAAAACAGUGCCAUAACUUAUUUUCGUAUGGAUCAUUUGGAGGCAUGUUCUUUCUAUAUUCAAACUGAAAAAAUGCAGUACAAAUCAUGAUUAUUGUUAUAAAAUAUUUGGUAUUAAUACAGUUCAGAAGGCUUGGUUGAACCACAAUACUGGAGUGAUAAUCACUUUCAGUAUGCUCACUGGUCUUCCUGCUUUUACCAAGAAGGAAGAUGUCUGAUGUCUUGACAGUUUAGAGAAAUUACUGCGGGUUUCAUGUAAACCUGUUGUCCAAAUGACACGUCAAAUGCCACAAACUGCAUUAAUAUCAUCGAAUGGGAUCUUCCAGUGCUACAUCGCAUCCCCAGAGUCAAUCUAAACUGCCAUGAUGUAAAUCUUGCAGUAUGUUUUCUCUAAAUUUUUUGGUUUAUUAUCUUUGGAGUUUUGUAUCCAAUCGAAGUUAGAUGAAUGAAACUGCAGCAAUGUAUAAGGCUAUUUAUAAUUACUUGAUCACAAUUGUCUAUUGCAAAGUCAUUGUUAAGAAUGCAUUUCAUAGAGAAUUGGAUAGCUGAAGUAUUUGGUAGGUACCUAUAGAUACUUCUGUUUCUUUUUUUUUUCUUUUCCCUUGUGUGAACUUUGGUGUUGCACAGACUCAGUCGUGCUCUCAUUUUUCUCUACAAGUGAUAUGUUGGGAGAUAUUAAUAGUUUUAGUUAUGUCAAUUUUUUCCUAUCAUUGUUUAAUUCAGGUGUUGAACUCAUUUUCUCCCUUUUUUUAUCAUGAAUAUGCUAUCAGUAUACAUGUGUCAACCAAAUGUUUGAAAUACGUUAUCUUAUGCAUUCUUCUUUUGAACUAACAGAGCAAUCUUGGUUCUCUUAUCAAACCCAUGGUAGGAAGUGCGACCUUUUUUCUCUCUCCAAAUUUGCAACUUCCAGAGUUUUAAGCACAGGAAACGGAGUUACAGAGCCACAUCCCUAUGAAAACAAGGACAAAUCAAUAAGGUCCUUUGAUAUCUUCAAAUAGUCCUCUUGGUAAGGUUUUGUUGAGAGAACAGAGAACAACUAACCUUCAGCGGUCCAGCCGUGUCUAUGCUACCAAAAAGUUUAAGUGCAGUACAGAUUCAGCACGGACUGAGGCUUGCCACUCAACGUGCCCAACUUGCCCUUAGAGGCUCAAGAAGAUCGAUGUUGGACAUCUUGUUGGAAAAGGCCCAUUGGAUCCUCCGACUCUGAAGCCGGACUGAAAGAUGCAUCUUUUCAGAAGUAGCAAUUCUGGUUAGGAGAAAUACUCAAGAAUAACAUUGAACACAGCAUUAUUGCUCAUCAUUACUCCGUUUCAGUAUAUGUAGUGAUACAUUUGAUAUCUAUCACAUGAUUAUGUUCCUGUACCAAGGAUACGGAAGCAAUUAGUGUUAUAUAUAUGUAUGAAGUUUACUGACGUAAGGAGCUUGGCAAACGAAAUUUGUUAAGAAAUUGGUCCA